UCAGCUUCACCACCACUGCCAUCCUCACCACCACUAUCACCAUCACCACUACAAAAGAACUAGCAUCUCUUCUACAACUGCAGAACCAGCACCACCACCAGCACCACCACCACCAGUAUUACCAUCACCGCCACCAUCAUCACAUGCACUAUCACAUCAGCAGCAGUAGCAGCAGCAGCAGCGACCAUCCCAACAGCAACCAUCACCAACAACAGUGAUAGCCUGAUACUAACCACCACUACUACCACCACAACGAUAAUACCAACAACGGUAGCGUAACAAACACCUACACACGAACACACGGUUUACCAAUCACUUCUGAAAAACUGUGCGGUCGGCCAUGUAAAUGUUGGUGAGAACCAAAAGCACGCUAAAAGACAUCGCUUUAUGACGUCGUACAAAAGGAUAUACACACAUAUAUAAUAUAUAUAUAUAUACAUAUAUAUAUAAACAUUGAGAGAGAGAGAUAGACAGACAGACAGAGAGAGGGAGAGGGGAGAGAGACAGAGAGAGAAAGAUAUAUUUGUAUAUAUAUAUAUAUAUAUAUAUAUUUGUUAUUGACUGCGAACACGCAUUACAAUACAGAAACAUUGAUAUAUCCUUGAAUUGGCUCACUCACACACAAACAUACACGGACCGAAAGAAAAAAAAAAGAACAUGGAUAAUUUACGUUUUAUGUUUUUAUUCUCCGUCGGACUUUUACCAUUUUGGGGAGGUUGUGAUGCUUUCUGCUAUUCAACCAUUGAAGAAACUUUGCAAAGCUGCCUCACAGAUUCUAUUACAUUCUCGAUGAAUCCUAAUGAUUUACUUCGGACAGAGAUCAAUAACCUAUCACGUAGUCAGAUGAAGGAACUUUGCCAAAUAAUCUACAACUUCAAAGAUUGUGUGGAAGAAAAGUUGAAACCAUGUGUGGACAAGGAUGAAUUUGAGAAAAUUCUGGAAUCAUUUGAAGAAUCUUUCAACUAUAUUUGUCAUGAAGGGUUUGAGCUUCUCAUGAAGAUCAAACCAUGUACAUCAUCAGCAAACUUCAAGGAACACAUGAGCCAAUGUUCUAUUGAUGCUCAGUACAAAGUCAACCGACACAAUGUCAGAUUGAUGAAUGAUUACAUGAUGAAAAUGAAAGUUUGCAGAUAUCUCGAAGAAUCGCUAGAAUGCGCAGAGACAGUUGCACAGAAACUAUGUGGAAAUGAUGCUCAAAAAUAUUAUCAUGAAAUCAAUAUCAGGACAAUGGGACCAGCCAAGAGAUUUCUACGCUGUCACCAGGCCAGAAACACUACACUGAUUGGUUUGGGCAUCUCUAUAGCAUUGGUGUUGGCCAUUGUGGUAUUAGUGAUAGGUCGAUGCCUCAGGAGACAUCAGAUGGUACAGGAAGCUAGUUCUGAAACCUUACUCAUACCUGGCAUACUGCAGCAGCCUCUGAGACGACAGCGAAUGGGUGCAACGGCAACAGCAAAUGCGUCGACAACAACAGCGCCAACAGCAGCAGCAGCAAUGGCAGCAGGAGUGGCCUCGCCACCAUACACGCCCCGCGCGCAGACAUCAACUGAUCCAACAAGUAUAGUUACUGACAUUCCUGACCAGAUUCCGAAGGAUCUCCCACCUCAGUACCCUGGUCAUCCACCAUAUCCCCAUUCCUGCACGAACGAUAAAGAUGACUACACAACACCACCCCCUUCUUAUGAGCAGGUCAUGGCCGAAAUGAGAAACCGGUCAGAGGAGCAGUAAAUAAUGCUUAGCUUUUGUAAAGUCUCAAAAGAUUUUACAUAUAUAUAUUAUAAUAUAUAUACAUCAUAUUAUAUUAUAGUAUAAAUAUAUAUUAUAUUAUAUAUAUAUAUAUAUAUAUAUAUAUUGUAUCAUAUAUAUAUAUAUAUAUGAUAUAUAUAUUAUAUAUAUUUUAUUAUAUACAUUAUAUAUAUAUAUAUAUAUAUAUAUAUACAUUAUAUAUUAUAUACCAAUCCCAUCAUCACCCUGCUCCAUUCAUUAUCUACCCGCCCGUCCCACCCCCCUUUUGUCUAAUGAAGUCACUGAAAACAAAAGUAAUUAAUUAAAGCAAUUAAUUAGAAAAUUUAGGGUCUUUGAAAAUGACGAAGUAAACCAUUUGUCUGAAGGACCACCACCAUCUAUCUCGGGUGGGGGGGUGGGGAUACGUGGGGGUGGGCAGUUGCAUAAGGAACGUAAACUGUUGUUUAAACCCACAUUUGCACUUAGAUGAACAGACAGAUUUCAGGGAUGCGUGGGGGUAUGGAGAAAGUGUUGUUAAAUCAGAGAUGAAGAAGGACGUUAAUAAAAAUGAAACGAAACUAAAACAAAAAAAAACAACAACAAAAACAUAAAAAAACAAAACAAAUAAAUAAUAUAUGGCAGCAUGAAAGGUGUUGGGGGGGGGGAGUUAUUCAGGCAGAUGAAGAGACAGACAGGCAGACAGGUUGACAAGCAGGCAAGCAGACAGACAGUGAUACAUACAUAGACGCAGGUAAAACAGACUGGAGUUCAGACUACUGUAGUAUGGACACAAAGGAGUUUAGGGGACAUUGACAUACAGGUACAAAUGAUGAAAUAGGAUGCUUAAGACACAGACGAAAGAGAAUAGUUAAGAGGGGUAGAAUAGAUGGACAAAUGAUGCAGGAGUAUAGUCAGAAGAGUGCUAUACUCUCAUAGGUACCCGCACACAUACAUAUGCAUACAUACACACAUAAGAGGUGAAAGAACGGGAAUGUUUAUGGAACGACAACAAAGCCACAACAAACGUAUAUGGAUCUUUUGUUUUUGGUUUUUUUUUUUCAAACAGAAAUUGUACAUACUUGUUAAUUAACUGUUAAUCAAUAUGUUAAUUGGGUUAGUGACAGUAGCACUCCACCCUCACUCCCACGGCCUGGAGAGUGGGGUGGCAUUCGUGCGAGCAUACUAGAAGGAGGACGAGGAAGAGGAGGUAAUCACGAGAGGGGGAGUAGUGUAGAACUAGUCCCCUGAGGUUUGUAGUCUGUGAAGAAAAAAAAAAUAAAAUGCAAGAAAAUGUUGCUAUUUUCUGAGAAACCAAAAAAAAAAAAAAAAAACACGAAAUAGCAGCAAUGACUUGUUUUGGGUUUGAACUUGUGACACUGUAGUGUGACUGUUAUGGCAAUCUGCAAUGGAUGAAUUGAAUGAGAAAAUUGUUGUUUCUUUUUGCUUUGUUCUUUUCUUGCCUUUUUUUCUUUGUCUUGUUGCUUUGUUUCCACUAUAAACGUUCUUAUUUUAAUUUUUUUAUGUUCUUUGUCCAAAAUUGUUAUUUAUUUUUAUGACUCACUCACAUUGUAUCACUGUGACAUGGUGCUAUUUCUGACACCAUCCUAAUGUGCCAUAGUUCAGAUAUGUGGGUGGCACUCACUGUAAUCUUGUGCCAUGGUAUUAAUCUUGAUUUUUUUUGACAUCUCCACUAUGUGCUAUGGUGCCAUUAUAUUUUUUUUACACUGUGUCACAAGGCUGUGAUGUAGUUAACAACACCAACACUUUGUGUCACAAUAUCACAAUGGCACAAGGACCCAGUUGACUCAACUGUAUCUGAAACUGUGCCACCUAUUCUUAACUAGAUCCAAAACAACUAACAAAUCAAAAAAAAAAAAUUAAAAAGAAAAACAAAUAAAA